GCGGCAACCUCGUCGAAAAUGUUCAUCAUCGGCCGGGCCAUCUCCGGCAUGGGCGGGAGUGGCAUUUCGACCAGUGGCCUGUCCAUUGUGGCUUCGGUGACGCCUCUUCCCAAGCGUCCGCUGCUAUCUGGUCUCGUGCUGUCUAUGUUUGGCAUUGGCACGGUGGUUGCUCCUAUCCUCGGCGGCGCCAUCACCGAAAAAGCAUCGUGGAGAUGGUGUUUCUACAUCAACCUGCCUAUUGGCGCCGUGACCAUCGUAGCCUUGCUGCUCUUCAUGAAGAAUCCGCAGACAAAGCCUGGACCAUCUGACGGAAUACCGUGGUAUCAAAAGCUGGAUCUGAUCGGCUGCAUCAUCUUCCUGGCCUCGGUGACGAUGACGCUGAUGGCGCUGGAAUGGGGCGGCAAUCAGCACGCGUGGGAUUCCUCGGUGAUUAUCGGUUUGUUCGUCGGUGCUGGCGCUGGCUUUGGCGUGUUUCUGGCGUAUGAAAAACAUCUGGGCGAGCGGGCGAUGAUUCCAUUCUGCCACAUGGUGCAGCGAUCGACGCUGCUCAGCAUCGCGUAUGCCUUUUGUCUGUUUGCCACGUCUGUCGUGCCCAUCUACUAUCUCCCUGAAUGGUUCCAGGUCGUGCAGGGCGUGUCGCCGCUGGAAAGUGGUGUGCGAAUGCUGCCCUCCGUGCUAUCCCAAGUGGUUGGAGUGGGUGUUUCUGGAGGACUAGCCAAAAUGAUCCGAUACUACAAUCCCAUCUUCUUCGCAGGCUCCAUCAUGCUCGCCACCGCCGUCGGUCUCUACACCACCUUUACCGUCUCCUCCACCCCGGAUUCACACUGGCUGGGCUUUCAGAUCCUGCAAGGCAUGGGCGUAGGCCUCGGCAGUCAGAUGCCGCUGUUGAUGGUGCAGACUAUCCUCGAACCUACGCCGAAGCAUAUCCCCAUGGGCAUUGCGUUGGUCAUGUUCGGGCAGUUCUUUGGCAGCUCCAUAUCACAGGGCAUUUCGGGCUCCAUCUUUCAGAAUCAACUCAUCAGCCAGUUGGAGAACCAUGCCGGGUUGAAUCCAGCGCAGGUGCAUCAGUUGCUGUCGGCAGGGAGUUCGAGAUUGCAGCAGAAUGCGCACAAUGCUUUCCCCCAGCUGGUCCCGUUGGUCCUAGAGGCGUAUAACCAUGCUGUCACUGGUGUUUUUUGGGUGCCAUUGACUGCAUCUAUCAUGGGCUUCAUCGCAGCGCUGGGAAUAGAGUGGAUUCAGCUCUAGAUCAUAUAUAUCUUCGUAUCCAAUCAAAGAUAAUAAUAAGCUAUAUGCUAUCUCUUGAUUUUAUACCGCGACACUUGCGAUCCAUCGCUGAGUUCGACAGCCACCAGCUCCAGUCUAUACCGGAAUAGCCAUGGCAGCAGUACGAAUCGACCGACAUAAUAGACAACUCCAAGAGACAGAAUGGCCAGAGCGACCACAGGAGACAGGUAGUAUGGAAGACUUGUACUUCCUUUUCCAUUUGGUGGGGGGAUAAAGGGCAUCACCA